AUGGCUCGCAGACUUCGAGGGCUUUUGGUGUCCUUCCUCUCGAUGUUGACCCUCACCAUCACUAUCGUCAACGCGAAUUAUCGGCCACAAUGGACUCGUCAAGAUCCCUGCCCAGACAAGAUCAACGCCGUCAUUCCCGUGGGCUCACCAUUCGGCAAUCACGAGAUCGUACAUGAAGCUAUGAAAACGUGCACAAACAUCACCGAGCUAUCCAUCUAUACUGGCUUCUUCGGAUGCACCGGCUUUCCUGACCGCUACAGCCUGCCCUUUGCGCUUGACGGCAGUGAUCGCUAUCUUUCAGCUCCUCGGGUUUUGACACUGGACGCCUACGAAUUUGAUGACAUGGAGUGGCAAAAUGUUCUCCCCCCCAGGCCGCAUUGGUCGAACGACGACGGAAGCUGGCCUUCUUCGUCUUCACCCAACUCCAUCAUCGCGAUGACUGUCGAGCUAUACUAUCACACCCGCUGGUUUCUUGAUCGUCUAUCUUAUCCUCUGACGGGACUGUUCCGUGCUUAUGAAUGGCGGAGUUGGUGGAAUUCUGGCAAGGCAGCCAAGUGGUACAGAUGGAGAAGGCUGCCAGCCGAGUACCGAUCAAAAGACAACAUGGAGCUAUGGCUUGAGGCCAUGGAUUUUUCCCAUGUCCACACUCUUUCCAUCAAACAACAUGGGACUCCCAAGCCGAAAGGAAACGCCCUUUUCCAUCGUCUACCACUGGCACUCACCAGUCUUCGCUCACUCACCAUCGGUGGUCGAUGGGUGGACUGGAAGACUGAGCUGGAGAGGUGGGAGGCCGAACCUGGACCCCAGCCAAAGCAAAAGUUGAAGUCCCCGAGGCCACCACGUGCUCUUGACUUUAUCAUGGCUUUACCAGCCUCGUCUUUGGCUAAUUUUACCUGGAUCGAAAGUGCAACUAUCGAUGCACACGUUUUUGACGCUGUGCUUCAACACCAUGGCCCGUCACUGAGACAGCUCAAGUGGAUCAAUGCAGAGGUUGAGAGAGAUCCAAGGCCUACUUUGUCAACAGAACAGCUGAAAAACCUGGGGGAAUGGGCCCCAGGGCUGGCGGACCUGACAAUAGACCUGGACCGCGAGCAGCAGGACUGGCCAAGAGAAAAGCUCAAGACGCUGGGGCAAAGCCUGCCAAAGCUACAGAACUUGACAAUCUACCUCAACUUGGAAGCUGUCAAUGGCCAGAACGACACGAUGUACCCCGUCGCCCACUACGACUUUCCUUUCGCGCCACAGUCUCUGGCACGGCCUCUUUUGGACGCCAACGGGGCACGCGACAUGUUUCUGUUGCUUCAAGAGUCUCAGCCUGGGGAUGAGCUCGAGACUGUCUUGUUCAGAGAGGGAGAUUGGGAUGGUCUAGAAGAUUUAGCCACGCGCUCCUACGACCUUUGGUCGGAAGGUCUGCGUAACUGGGCAAGGUGCACCCUCCUUGGACAGGAUGGCGAUCGACUCAAAGAUGGCCCGAGAUGCUACGCAGAGUACAACAUCGAGUACAAGAGAUUUAAAGAAGGUCGACAGGGGGGGGGGAUAUACUAA